AUGUCUACUACAUUUGAAGUGAUUGCAUAUAUCAGUUCUCAAAAAGGAUCCUUUUCAUCUAAUGCCAAUGAAUUUAGUAUGGGUGAUAUGGUAUGCAUGGUGGGAAAAUUCUGUUAUGAUAUUAUAGCCGGAGAGACUACUGGAAUUGUGGUAACAAUAAGCAAAGUAAUCAAAUAUCCAAAUAAGAAUUUUAGCUCAUGGGCAAUAAAUAAUUAUCCAAAAACAAGACCUUUCAUUUCAUUUUCAGCAGUUUGUGAAAGUGCAGUAAAGAAUGGAAUUUCACAAGUUAAUCCUUCUUUUGCUGACAAAUAUGAAGGAAAUGAAAUAAAAUAUGUCAGCAUGAGAACCACUUUAUAUGGCUGUUUGUCACGAACAUCUGAUAUUCCACACUACUUUUUAGUUGUAUAUGCUCAUAAAUUACUCUGGUGGACUAAUCUAAAAUUUCAACUAAAUCGCCGCUACAUAAUUUCAGGAAUUUUAGAUAGUUUUUUAGAACAAGAGAAUUCAACAACAAGUUUAGUAAUUCGUGCAACUGACAUUGAUUUUGAUUUACAUUCAAAUUCAAAUUCAGUAUCUAUAUCUGUUCCAAAUCAACAUGGCACCAUAAAUGAAACAAGUGAAACUCCUGGCCUUACUGAUUUUUUAAAAUUCCAAACAACCAAAAGAAAAGAUGAAAUAUCUUCCACAACAUUUAAAUCCCCUUAUACAAAUAAGAAAGAGAAGAAAUCUAUCAAUGAAGAUGAAAUCUUACAACCAAAAUCACAAAUAAUUGCUCACUCAUCUUUUCAAAAUCUUCCUCAAAAAAAUAAAUUUUAUGCAUCAUACCAAGAAUCUCCACAAUUAUUAACUUCACAAUUAAUAACUCCACAGUUUUCUUUCUUAGAUAGUAUACCUAAUCAAUCCUCACUUCAUGAAACACCCAGUAAUAGUGUUCAAGAAACUUUAGAACCAAAGAAAUCUAAUAUCAAUGAUUUAGCAACUUUGGCAUUAGAAAAUAAUACUGAUAAUAGUAUUAAUAAUUCGUUAACAAGAGAAAUGAGUGGUAUUGAAGAAAUAAAUGAAGAAGAAUUAAGUGAAUAA